AUGUUGAGAACGCCUCUCCGCCUUGCCCUCCGGCUACCAAGGCUGAACGCUAUCACUCCCCAGCGGCGAUUUGCGCAUGCGCUGCCCACGGACUUGCCCCCUAUUCGCGCCCGCCUGCGACCUCUUGUCCCAUUCUUCAUCUACUGGACCAUCAUCACUUCGCUGCUUGUCCACCUCUUGCGGACACGGCAAGAGUCGGGCGAGUCUCUCUCUCGGCAAAAGGCCAAGAUCAGCGUGCUUAGCGACCUGAUUGCGCGGAUACGCAACGGAGAGGACGUGAGCGAGGACGAAAUGCAGCGAGAGAUGGAGAUGGUGGGGCUGCGCGAACGGACGGCGCUGACGCUGGGGCUGGACAAGGAGCUGAAAGAGGCGGAGAAUGUGGGGUGGCGGGAGGUGCUGCUGGGCAAGACGGCUCAGACUGAAGAGCAGGCAGCCCGGGAGGAGAAGGCGAUUGAGGAGUGGGCACAAUUGAUGGACGGCAGCGAGCCACAAGCGGGGCCAGAGGCUGAGGCUGAGGCCCGGGCGCCGUCUAUCAGAUCGCUGCUACGGCCAUCCGAGCGGCGGCAGGAGGGCGGGCGAGAGGGGAUGGCGUCGCGUGCGCCUGGGUCGAGUGUGUACCUAUGA